AAACUGGUUAUUACAAUGGAAGAAACAAAUAAUUUCAAGACACCAAGCAAAUUAUCUGGAAAAAAGAAAUCUGUACUAUGUUCAACUCCAUGUGUAAAUAUUCCUGCCUCUCCAUUUAUGCAGAAGCUUGGCUUUGGUACUGGGGUAAAUGUUUACCUUAUGAAAAGGUCUCCAAGAGGUUUAUCUCAUUCUCCUUGGGCUGUGAAAAAGAUUAAUUCUAAAUGUAAUGAUCAAUAUCAAAGUAUGUAUCAAAAGAGACUAACUGAUGAAGCUAAGAUUUUGAAAAAUGUUCAUCAUCCAAACAUUGUAGGUUAUCGUGCUUUUACUGAAGCCAGUGAUGGUACUCUAUGUCUUGCAAUGGAAUAUGGAGGUGAAAAGUCUCUAAAUGACUUAAUAGAAGAACGAAGUAAAGACAGCGGAGAUCCUUUUCCAGCAGCCAUAAUUUUAAAAGUUGCUUUGAACGUGGCGAGAGGGUUAAAGUAUCUGCACCAAGAAAAGAAACUGCUUCAUGGUGAUGUAAAGUCUUCAAAUGUUGUAAUUAAAGGUGAUUUUGAAACUGUUAAAAUCUGUGAUGUAGGUGUCUCUCUUCCAUUGGAUGAAAAUAUGACUGUGACCGACCCUGAGGCCUGUUACAUUGGCACUGAGCCGUGGAAACCCAAGGAAGCUUUGGAGGAGAAUGGUAUUAUUACUGACAAAGCAGAUAUAUUUGCCUUUGGGCUUACUCUGUGGGAAAUGAUGACUUUAUGUAUUCCACACAUUAAUCUUUCAGAUGAUGAUGAAGGUAUGAAGAUAAAACUUUUGAUGAAAGUGACUUUGAUGAUGAAGCAUACUAUGAAGCUUUGGGAACUAGGCCACCUAUUAAUAUGGAAGAGCUGGGUGAAUCGUACCAGAAGGUUAUUGAACUCUUCUCUGUAUGCACUAAUGAAGAUCCCAAAGAUCGUCCUUCUGCAGCACACAUCGUUGAAGCUUUGGAAGUGAAUGCAGAGUGAGCAUCUCAUUUUCAUGGCUCACCGUGAAGUAUGGCUCAUGUCUGUAACUCUUUUGUUUACUGUAAUACAUUUAUAUAGUUACUGUGAUAAUCCAUAAUUAUUAGGCUCUUUGGAAGUGGCCUAUUUUAGGACCAUAGCACCUUGGUAACAUUUGCAUAACCAUUUCUAGUAUUAGGGUAUUUCUUAUAUGCAUAUGAUGAUAAGCAUUUGGAAAUAUAGUGGGUUUUCUAUGAAAUUUAUGAAACUAACUACUCAAAUACUUU